AAUGAUGUCACCAAGGCUACGCUCGAGAUGCGGCAGGAGAGCGAGCAGGUGCUCUUUCGCUCGUGCCAAAUUUUGCUGGUCGCUAUAAUAAAAGAGCGAGCGGCGCUCGCGGCGACCACAGUAAUACCACUGAUCUCUAUUUUUCAGUGAGUAAUACGCAUAGAGCUACGUACGAACGUGCGCGCACGUGCACACUGAUGAGAGCGCGCGUACGUACGUAGAUCUGUAAACAACAUGGCGGUAGAAAGAGUUUGUGGAGCCAGUGAGAGGAGAUAAAUCACAUCAUUUUGUAGAUUGUUAGCUCGUAUAUACGGAAAGAGGAUGCCUAGAACACGUGAAGGAGAGUUACCUCUUCCAGCAGGAUGGGAAGAGGCACGUGAUGCUGAUGGAAAAAUCUAUUUCAUCGACCAUAGUACGAGAAAGACAUCUUGGGUUGAUCCUCGCGACAGAUUGAUCAAACCAAUGUCAUUUGCAGAUUGUGUAGGUGAUGAGCUGCCAUUUGGAUGGGAGAAAGUUUUUGAUCCGUCAGUUGGAGCCUAUUACAUCAAUCAUUUAAAUCAUACCAACCAAGUAGAAGAUCCUCGGUUAGUGUGGAGGAAGGAAAAGGAGUUCAUGCUAAAGGAUUACCUGCAGACCACCGGCCAGGACUCUCCCCAGGGUAUCACCCAGACAGACCUACAGUCACCUCACUUGCUUGGUGACAUCCAGGAACAUGGAUUGCAUCUCAGCCAGGAAGAGAUACAAAGAUCCAAUGAGGCUCUUAGUGGAUGGCAGUCACAUACAAGCUUGAAUUCCAACAGUUCGAGUGGAAGCACCAAGUAUGAUCCGGAUCUCUUGAAGGCCCAGGUUGCCCAUGCCAAGGCCAGGGUAGCCCAAAUCAAGAACGAGCUAUUCCAGGUCCAGGCACAGAUUUUUAAUAGCCAAGAUAGAGGCAUGAAGCGGUCUGACCCCAAUGUUCAGAUAAGCUCUAAUUCUUUACAAUCUAGUAUGCUAAACCUCAAAUCAGCAAUCAGUGAUCAGGAAUUGCUCACGUCCAUGUCAAGGCUUGGUCACCAUAUAUCAUCGACAUCCAGCCUACCGACAUCGUCAUCCCAUCCUCAGUUGACGAGUUCAUCCCAGUAUGACUUAUCUCAUUACAAACAAUCUAUCAAUGCAAUGCAGCUGAGACAGUUGAACCAAGAUCCUAGUAGAAGCUUGUCAGUGGGCACUCUCUCGUCAAGCUCCAGUAGAGGAUCUCUUGGUCCAUCAAGUCGAGGAUCAUUGGCCUCUAGUAAAGGUUCUUUAAACAGCGCCCUCAGUAAUUCCGAACUUACCAGCAUCCCAGACAUGAAUGACAUCAUUCAGCAGAAGGUUGAUGCCUUGUUACAGGGUGGCAUUGAGGGAUUAGAUUAUCAGAGUUUGUCUACUACCACUCACAACCACCACCAGACAUCACACCCUCAUUACUACAACAACCAGCAACACCCUCCUCAUCAACAAAUGCAGCACCAUCAACAACAACCGCAGCAAUAUCCCCAGCAGCAACAGCCAAAUACCCGACAAGGGGAACCCUCCGUGCCUUCGUUAUCGCCAAGAUCAUCUCUUUCGUCUAUCUCACCCCCUGCAUCGCCUGGCGGAGGCACGGGGAACAAACCCGGCCCUUCAGGCUCAGCUGGCGAUGCAUCUCAUCAAGGUGGUAAUGCCCUUCUCCAGUACGAAGGCCGUCCUCCAACGUAUCAACAGCACCUAACAAACUUACACAGACAUAGCAAUAGGACUGAUAUCAAACCCCCUCCUGAUUUGGACGGGGAACAACUGGCAGCAUACCUCUCACAAUUGCAGCUGAGCAUGCAGGAUCCGGGGUCAUCAGGGUCAGGGGUCGGGGGUCAAGGUUCACGGGGAGGAUUUGGUUUAGCCAGACCAGGACUUGAUCUCAAGCAUGCUACUUCAGAGUACAGUAGUCAGGAAGGUUAUCUCAAUGCGCAGCUGAGCCCUAUUAGUGAAGGUGUAGAUUUAUUACCAGGGCAGUCUGUAGCAGCUCCACGAAUGGUAUCAGCAGCUGUGUCUGAUGACUCUAUGGCAGGAGAUAGUGGGGUGUAUGAGGCAUCAGCUAAAAGACCCGAUGAGGCAGCAGGUUCAGAGGAGGUGUACGACCCAGCAAACUUCGACAUGACCCAGAUCCUUCUGGGUUGUCAGUACGAUCCUCAGGAUGGUCUCAUAGUGAUCACCCUAGACAGCCUCAAGAACUUUAGGGAACUACUACCAUCGCAAAACACUCAGUUUUUUAUCAAAGGCAACAUUCAGCCGUGCCCACCCAACUCCAACCUGAGCUUCCAGACCCCACCCCUCCAACACAUGGGUGCUAGUACCGUUUCCUUGGGCCACAAGGUCACUAUACCUAUCAAGGACACCGAGCUUCAUGCACUCACUCUACAGAUCUACAUCUGUUUCUGUAACCCAGAUGGGCUGGAAGACUGUCUGGCCGGUACUCAGAUCAGUCUCCUAGAUGCCUGCUUGCUGAAUCCUGCUUCUCCGAGGUGGUAUACCCUGCUCAACUUCACCCAGCCAGCUUACCCUCAACAUGACAUAGAUACAAGCAGUGAAGGAACAGCCACAUGCACCAGUACUCUAGAGAGAUCCAGUCAGACUCGUAGUCAUAUGGCAGACAUUUUUGAUACAGCGCUUCCAGUUGAAACAAGAUUACGCUCAACGUCCAUGGACAGUUCACUUCUCACCUACCGUCACCCACCACCUGUUACUCAAGUGCCUCCAGACAAUGCCCACCCUCCCUCAUCUCAGCUACCCUACAACCAUACUCCGCCCCACCCCACCUCUGUCACAGGCUACAUCCCACCCCCUACCACCACCCCCUUCCAUGACUCCCCUUUGGAGGUUGGGGGCGGUGUAAGGGGAGGUGGGGACCCUGGUGCUACUCAAGAUCCUAUUUCCAUGAUGACCAACGGGUACUUGGACUCUGUGACCUCAGACAAGGACCCAGGGGACCAGUUUAGUGAUUUCCCUGGACCAAGUAUAACCAGGUCCAAGACCUUUGGAGGUGGAUCAUCAACAGGGAUGUCGAGACCUGCAAUGGCGAAGCUGAAUCGCAGUGAAAGUGAUGGUGCUAUGAUAACGCCCAGAAUUGGUCCAUUCAAGAGGAAUUCUUUGGAACGCAAGAGCUUACGAUUUAAAAAGAUGGAAGGUCAAGGUAGCCGGAGGUCACCUGACUUACGGUCAACGACAAAGGCAGCUAGGAUGGAGAUAGAAGCACUCAAGACUCAAGAGGCACAACUCAAAGAUGAUCUAUUGAAAUAUAGGGAGAUCAAGAGACAGAUGGAAGAAGUACAAUUAAAAGGUAAUCAGAGAUCUCACCCCCGCAAACCUGACAGCGAUAUCCUCAAGAAACUCCUGGACAGUGCUGAGCAGGAGGCGCUGCGGAAGCAACAUCAAAGAGACGCCAUAGAGCAGAGGAUACCCACCGAGUCUACAUCAAUACCUGAAGCAGAUUUCAUGUUGGGACAUGGCUCCACGGUGAUGAAUACAGAGAAAGAAGUCCUGACGUCAGAACUGUGAGCCUCUUAUUGAAGGAAGGUCCUCUGUGGAACCUCUAAAGAUCUCACAUGAAAGCUGUUAUCAGCCUUGCCUGUAUCGCACAGGAACUCAGAUGAUGUCCCUGUGACAAAUGGUGCUAGUGCUGAUCAAAUGGGCUUCCAUCUUCUUUGCUGAUGAAGGUUGGGUUCUGUAUCCACUGUGGGUACAACUUCUAUCUCAUCUGGACCCUGCAAGGUAGUCAAACGACUGGCUUAGGAGACAACAACUCCUCUGAUCCUUGGUAACAUUGUCUUUCUUCAGGUGUUGUAAAUCAGCUUCUAGAAGGAAUGUUCAGCUUGGUUCGUCGGCCUUCAGCAACGUCAUUCUGACGCCAUCCUGACAGAAGCAAAGUCAUGUUGUCCUC